GGCGGGUGCGGGGGCGCGCGCGCUUCUCCCAGUUCCCAUCCAAAAAAAGAAGGGAUCCUUUUCAUUUCAUUUUGGUAGCGUGGCGUGGCGUGUGGGGUCCGGUUGGCAGUGAGUGCGGGGCGGGGGACGCGUUCACACCAAGCCACGGCAGCUGACGCGUGGGGUCCAUCAUCGUCUCCCUCCGGCGAUCCACAGAUAGAUAGAGACGCCUGGGCUGGGGCUGGGGGGCUACAAAUAGCAAGGACGAGUGAAGAGGAGGAGACCACCCCACUCCGCUGUCGGGUUGGGUUUUGAGAUCGAAAAUUUUUGAGAUUUCAAAACCUCCUCCAUUCCCUCCCUUCCUCGCCCCCAAAAACCCUAGCCGCCGCCGCCGCCAUGCCUGAUCUCCCCUGCGACGGCGAUGGCGUCUGCAUGGUCUGCCGCGUCGCCUCCCCUCCCGAGGUCGAUCUCCUCCGUUGCUCCACCUGCGCCACCCCGUGGCACUCCCCCUGCCUCUCCAAGCCCCCCGCCCUUGCCGACGCCGCCCAAUGGAGUUGCCCCGACUGCUCCGGGGACUCCACCGACGCCCCGCCCCCGGCCCCGGCACCGCUCGCCCCUGGGAGUGCCGGCCAACUCGUCGCCGCCAUCCGCGCCAUCGAGUGCGACGCCACCCUCUCCGACCAGGAAAAGGCACGCCGCCGCCAGGAGCUUCUCGGCGGCGCCGCGCCCGCCGGUGCCGACGCCGAUGAUGACGAGGGGGACGACGUCCUCGAGGUCAUCGGCAAGAACUUCAGCUGCGCCUUCUGCAUGAAGCUGCCCGAACGCCCCGUCACCACACCAUGUGGCCAUAACUUUUGCUUGAAGUGCUUCCAGAAAUGGAUCCACAGCGGAAAAAGGACAUGUGGUAAAUGCCGGGCACAAAUACCAGCAAAAAUGGCAGAGCAGCCAAGAAUCAACUCAGCAUUAGUUUCUGUUAUCCGUAUGGCUAAGGUUUCAAAGAAUGCCAACUCAGCUGUCUCUGCAGCUGCGUAUCAUUACAUACGAAAUGAUGAUAGACCUGACAAGGCUUUUACAACUGAAAGGGCUAAGAGGGCUGGAAAAGCUAAUGCUUCAAGUGGCCAGAUCUUUGUUACUAUCCCACCCGACCAUUUUGGCCCCAUUCUUGCAGAGAAUGACCCCAAGAGAAGCAUUGGUGUUCUAGUUGGGGAUACAUGGGAAGACAGACUUGAGUGCAGGCAAUGGGGUGCCCAUUUUCCUCACGUGGCUGGUAUUGCUGGCCAAUCCACACAUGGUGCUCAGUCGGUAGCCCUCUCGGGUGGGUAUGUCGAUGAUGAGGACCAUGGGGAAUGGUUUCUAUAUACUGGAAGUGGUGGAAGAGAUCUAAGUGGGAACAAGCGUACAAACAAGGAGCAGUCCUCAGACCAGAAAUUUGAGAAGCUGAAUGCUGCUCUUCGUAUUAGUUGCCUCAAGGGUUACCCUGUCAGGGUUGUGCGGUCCCACAAAGAGAAGCGUUCUUCAUAUGCUCCUGAAGCUGGUGUGAGGUAUGAUGGAGUUUACAGGAUUGAAAAAUGUUGGAGGAAGAUUAGUGUUCAGGGUAAAUUCAAGGUUUGCAGGUAUCUCUUUGUACGUUGUGACAAUGAACCAGCUCCUUGGACUAGUGAUAUUUAUGGUGACCGUCCGAGGCCACUCCCCAAAGUUGAUGAGCUGAAAGGUGCAACAGACAUAUCAGAGAGGAAAGGAACUCCUUCAUGGGACUUUGAUGAGAAAGAAGGCUGGAAGUGGGUGAAGCCUCCACCAAUCAGCAGAAAGCCUAACCUAUCAGGGGAUCCUGCAACUGACAAGGAAAUCCGGAGGGUUGCAAGGCGUGCCCAGAUGUCUGUGACUGAAAGGCUGCUGAAAGAGUUUGGAUGUUCCAUUUGCAAGCAAGUGAUGAAGGAACCACUCACUACUCCAUGUGCUCAUAACUUCUGCAAGUUGUGUUUGGUUGGGACAUAUGGUAGUCAAUCGUCUAUGAGGGAGAGAAGCCGGGGUGGGCGGACUCUAAGGGCACAGAAGAUUGUGAAGAAGUGCCCUUCAUGUCCAACUGAUAUUUGUGACUUCCUAGAGAAUCCACAGAUCAAUCGAGAGAUGAUGGAUUUGAUUGAGUCCUUGCAAAGAAAGGCUGUUGAAGAAGGAGAUACCAAGACAAGCUCAGAUGUUAGCAAUGGUGCUGAGUCAUCUGGAGAUGAUGGAAACAACGAAGCUUUAGAGAAGGGAGAGGAUGAUAGCAGCUUGAAGGAUGAUGGCAGCUUGAAGGAUGAUGGCAAAGUGGUCAAGGCUGUGGUUGUAAUCAAGGAAGAGGACCUGCAGCCUAAGAAGAGCAAAGGAGAAGAUGAGAAAGAACAAGGUGACAAGAAGAUGGACAGUGCUGAUGUGGUGGACAUUGCAGUUGAAAAGAAACAGGCGACGAAGCGGGCUUCUGAGAAGGCUGAGAAGAAGCAGGCAAGGAAGCGCAAGGGGGAUGCUGUUGCCACAAAUGAUGGUAAAAGGAUGAAAACAGGUGGUGAUGCUAUGGAGACAGCAGCGGAAGAGGAUGCUCCCCUGAGCGGCGGAACUCCUGUGAAGCGCAACAGCAGGAAGAGUAGUGAGGUUGAUGCCAAAGGCGGUGGCGGUAGUCCUGUUGUGAGCAGCCCUCGCAGGGUGACGAGGAGCAAUGCCAAGGCUAGCGGUGAAGCUGAUGGUAGCCCUGCGACAAGGACCAGGAGGGCUACCCGCGCUGAAGCCUGAAUGAAGAUGGAUGAAUGGCUGGUUGGCUGGCUGUAGAGGGGAAGAAGACGGAGACUGGAGCCAUUUUGGGGUCGUAUUCGUAUAUUCUAUCUAUUUAGUAAUUUAGGCCGUUUGCCUUGUGCUGUUGCUCUAGCUCUUUUGAUCCACAAGGGGUGAACUGGAACUGCCGCGGUGUGCUUUUGGGAUGGCUUGGGUUGGGUUGUUAGUUGAAGGAAUAUAUACUUAUAUACAGUGGUUGCUUUACCUUUACCUGUAUGGAUGUAUGAUGGAUGUUCCUCAUACAACUUUCCAAUUCCAAUUACUGGCAUGGUUUGCCUUGGAUUCUCAUGCUACUCCUUUUCCUAGCA